CCCGCCUCAUUUCACAAUACACAAAUGCAGAGGCGUCUGCGGGCAGUACCUCCAUGUGGUGUGGUGGACCCGCUCGGCACCACUGAGGUGCACCGCAUCUGCCACACCUGUGCGGCCUCCCGCGAGCGCGAGACUUCAGGCGCGGGGACUGCUGGGGCGCAGCCAGAGAAGAACGGCUCUUCGAGGGCCAAAGGCAAGGGCUCCGCGGGCGCAAGUGGUGGCGCGAAAUUUGGCAAACAUGUCGCGAAGAAGCCCGGCGGCGCAGCCAAACGCAAGCGGGUGUCGACCGCGGACAAGGCGAAAGCCCUCGAACUUCUGAAGACGAUGAAAGUCCCUGCAGCUGCUACUAAGUUGGAGAUAGGCGAGAGCACCCCUUACAACUGGAAGAGUGACGAGAAGAAGAUUCGGGACGCAGCAGCGGGCGGCAAGGCGAACUCGAAGUCUAGCAAGGGAGGACAUUUUCCGAAGACCUUCGGGCGCAAAGCGAAAACAUCUCUCGCGGCGAAGGCAUCAACAGCUGAAGAACGCCGACGACUCGACGCCUUCAACGCUUCCGAGGGGUGGGCGAAACAUUUCAUCAGCCGCCACAACCUCCGCUCGAAGAGCCAGCACGGUCAGGCAGGGAGCGUCGACGAUGAAGCCAUCGCCGACGAACUCCGAAAGCUCCGGGAGGUGAUUGCCAAGUACGACCCGGAGAACAUCAUCAACUGCGACGAGACUGCGCUCCAGUACAGGAUGUCGCCCCGCCGCAGCUACACCACACCAGGCGAGGACAAGUCGACGGUACGGGGAGUGAAGGGCAUGAGCUUCAAGGAGCGCAUCACGCUGUACGUGGCGGCCGAUGCCAGCGGCCGGAAGUUGCCGCUGUCUAUCAUCGGGCACGCCAAGAACCCCCGGUGCUUCAGGCUGAGGACGUCGCCCCUCAAGUACUUCAGCCAGUCCAACGCGUGGUCUGACGCGCGUGUCUUCGGCGAGUGGUGGAAGGAGGUGCUUCUUCCGUGGGUGACGAUCCUGGAGCUGCCGCCGAACUGCACCGCGAAGCACCAGCCCUGCGACGCCGGGAUCGUCGCAGCUCUGAAGAAGAUCUUCAGGACCUUGCUGCUCCGCAUCCGCGUCGACACGAUGAAGGAGGCAGCCCAGCUCCGAGCGGAAGCGAAGAGACGCAAGGUGGUCAGCAGCCUCCAAGGGCUGGCGGAGGGACACGUGCCUCACCUGCUGGACGCCGCUGAGCUCUGCCACGACGCAUGGGGGCGUGUUUCUACGGAGACCAUCAGGAGGUGCGUGCUGAAAAAAGGCAGACAUUCUCUCCGCAGCACGCACGCGGACAUCGACGCGCAGGUUGGCCGCACCACGGUCACCGGCAACGACAGCGGAAUCGACGAGCUGGAGGGCUUGGUUUCGCCCAUGAGCGUUGGCACGAAGCAUGGACCUGUCGAUGAGGACGUCAGAGAGGCCCUCGCUGGCUUACAGCUGGCUCCGGGAGCGAAACCAAGUGCGGCUACGAUGCAGGCGAUGGACUCGGACGACGACGUCGAUCUGGUGGAGCAAGGCGAAGCGGGACAGCAGUCGUUAGCGGCAGCGGCCUCGCCUCCGCCGCCGUACGCUAACAAAGCACAACACCUUGUGAACUCGAGGACAUUGCCGAGAAGUGCGACAUGCCAGAGGCGUCUUACCACGUCCGUAAGGCUAAGCUAGCUUGGAUGAGUGCCCACGGGGCGGGGGCAACCAAGCAGACGUGUAUCCAAGACUACUUUUAACGGUUGCAGCAGACGUAGUGCUGAGGCUGACAGGCUUUGAGGGGUGCUUUGAUUUUCUGUGCCAAAAUUGCUUUGUAGCGCGUGCGAUAUUUUCAUACAGUACUACUGUACGUGAUGUAAAGCGUGUUUCGUUCCAUGGCUCGUAUUUGGCACGAAGGCUGUGGGUGGUGUGUUUUCAUGCGUGAAGGGGAUGGGUGGGGUACGAGUGUUUCGUUCAGUACGUGCGUCGGUAGAUUUUUCCUUGGAUACUGAUGCAUUCAUGGGCUCGCGUUGUAGUUCGAUUUGAGAUGCGAGUACAGUGUGCACCACAACACAACAAGCAGCAAGUACUUCUAUAUUGUUUUUCCACGCGCACUAAGUGUACCACACGACAACAUGAUACUUAGUCCAAUCUCCCAGCACAGGUUCCAAGAGCGUACCGUGACUUGGGUUCAUAUCGCUCGCCGACCAACAGACAAAGCUGUGCGUGGAGCUAGCCUAAGGUGCUGACGCUAGCUGGGUCGCGUGAUGUACGUAAAUGAUAGGCUCUUCAUGAGCUCUGAGGGCACAUACUGCUGGAGUCGGCGUCCGGGUGUCAGUGUUCCACGACCUUUCGAGUUGGCUACGGUUUAAGGUUUUUAUACUCUACUAAGCAUACUGUGGCGGUUUAGUACAGCUAUUCAUACUCUACUAAAACUUUUGUAAGUACGGCUCUUCAAUACUCUACUAAACAUCUUUUUGAGCACAGUGUGGCUUUUAAUACUCUACUCAUACUCACUUUUUAGUACGGCUCUUCAUACUCUACUCAACGUACUCUUGCGGUUUAGUACGGCUUUUCAUACUCUACUAAACAUACUCUUUGAGUUUAGUAUGGCUUCCUAUACUGUACUGUACCAUCACUUUAGUAUAGCUUCUCAUACUCUACUAAACAUACUGUUGCGUUUAGUAUGGCUGCCCAUACUCUACUCAGGCCAUAGUACAGCCCGCCAUACUCAACUCAGAGUACGUACUACUCAACGUCAGAGUACGUACUACCUUCCACCAAAGGGUGUGUUGGUGACGUCACUAUUCAGCAGAAAGUAGACAGUCUCGCCGCACAGAGUGGUGGUGGGCUCCAGGCUCCGAUACUCGCGCGCUCGCGUACUCAGAUACUGGGGUACUGAGGUAGUGGCCCGCAGGGGAGAUAGUGGCAGCUGAGCAUGAGUGACGCGAGCGGUGGUUCGGCCGCAUCUGCUCCCGAUGCGGGUGGUUCUCCCGGUACGAGUACCCUCGCACCGCGUUCUUCAACACAAGACGCGCAACAAGACAACGAGGUGGUCGUCGUGCCGGGCUCAACGAGUGGAGGAGCGCCACAGCAGUCAGUGAACGUCAAGCGUCCCGCACCGGUCU